GACCGUUGGUAGCCGUUGGUGGCCGUUGGUGGCCGUUGGUGGCCGUUGGGACUGUCGGCCGGGCCGGCUGCGGGGUGUGAGGCCACGGUAAGGGGACUGCGGGGGACGCCUUUCCGAGCUCGUCUUGUUGGGGCACCGCUCUUCUUACCAGAAUGGUUGCCCGGGGAAAACAGCACUGCUAUGUUGGCAGAAUACAGGACGUUUUUGUGAGGUUUGGGAUUAUUCUAACAGUCCUUUUACUUCAUUUGUUCCUGGCCACAGCAAGCAAAGAUCAGGAGGAUUUCCUAGGACGCUAUAAAGCCAUCUUUAAGACUGCAUGUGAAGAUCCUUGGAUUAUGUCACCAAGAAUUUCUCUGCAUCCCUUGAAAGAAUUCAUUGUCUGUGUGCACCUCAAGCUAUAUUCCUCAAAUAGUCCCUGGACAGCGUAUGUAUACAGCCAGGAAACAUCUCACAGCAAUGUCUCUGCAAAUAAGUAUGAUCUUGGACUUAUAGGAGAUCACGGUAAAUUGAGGAUAUGGUUGUUUGGAAAACAAAUACAUACAACAGCAAGACUUCGUGACAACACUUGGAAUGACAUAUGUAUCCAGUGGAAAAGUGAAGAUGAAGAGAUGAAGGUAUUUAUAAAUAGAACAAAAAAAUUAAGCAAAAAAAUAACUGGGAAAGUUAAUCUCCCUGGAAAAGGACAGUUCUUACUUGGCUGUUCAAAGCUGCCAGGUACAGCUAUAUCACCUAACCUGGGUAUGACAGGGGAGCUCUACAUGUUCAGAAUGUGGGAUAAAGCAAAUAUAAAGCAAUCGGAGGACUGUGAAGAUAGUGGUGUUAUACGCUGGAGAAAGGAGGAUUGGGUCUAUAAUAAGACCAUAGAAGAGGAUAACUCUUUGCCAUGUGUUGAAACUACUGCAACGUUGCCUGGCAGAAAGCAGAUAACAGGAGAAUCAGCUGCAACGACCAUUUCUGAUAUGACUUCAGAGGAGACUACACAAACUGCAGAAGCUCUUAGCAUCACUGAUUAUUACUCCACCAUUAUUCCAGCAGAAGAAACCAUUUUGUGCAAUGUAACACCUGUCUGUAAUUUCUCAGUGUUCUAUGUGGGCAGCGUAAAACUCCAGGCAAAUGAAGAAAGUAACAAGUCACUAAAUGUAGAUAUAGUUAAUAACAUAACCAUGAACACUCAAGUUACAAAAUUAAUUGCAAUUCCAGCACAAACCCCACAAGAAUUGAGAAUUUCAGACUUCAGGAAAAUGUUGCAAGCAGUAAGUGAGUCCUCUGUUAUGGAAUGCAGUGCAGAAAAUCAGAGUAUACACUGCAAUUUCAUAAUGAAGCUGGCCGAGAGAGAGAAUAUAAGCAGUUUAACAGACAAAGCAGAAAUAAGUCAACUUGAACGGUGCUGUUGUUCAUCACUGAAGUAUUGUUCCUUGACUGCUGAAGAAUUACAAAUGCAUAUUAUACAAUCGCCAUCUCAUUCUAUAUGGGUUCCUCCCCAUCAUUCUCAUUCUCCUUCUCUCCCCAAAAAGACUUCACCCAAAUCCAACACUUUUAUUUCCCCCACUACGCUUUCCACCAAAGCAAGCCCCACAAUUAGACCACUGAUCCCACCAUUCACAGAAAUUUCUUUUUCUAAAACUCUCUCCACAUCUCCCACCACAAAUCCUCUCUCUGAAACUUCUGCUACAUCUACUACUGAAACUUCUGUGUCUUCUGCCAGUGUUACCACUACACUUCCCUCUUCUGAGUCUCUUGCUCAACCUACCGUUCCAACUUUUCCUUCCAUAGCUUCUAAUAAAUCUGUCACUAUUUCCACACCUGCAGCAAAAUCUGUCACUAAUGCUGGUUUCUCAAUUAAAUCUGAUGCUGCGCAUAUUACCAAGCCCAUUACAAUAAUUUCUCCUUCUAUAAAUUUCACUAAACAUACUGCAGUUUCCUCUUCUGAAUCUGUUGCACAAAUUCAUCCUGCUACAGAUUCGACUGUACCUGUUUCUCAUAACAAAACCAUUACUACAGCACCUGUUCUUCCCCUUACUCCUUUCACAAUAACUUUGACCCCUACUGUUAGUCCUAUCAACCAUUCUGUCUCAGCUUCUCAUCCUCAUUCUACUGCUGAAGGCCAUGGGAGCACAGGAAAGAUACUGUCACCUACCACAUACACAACUUCUGUAUAUACCACCAUCAGUAUCACCACAGCUGAGCAAAUUGUGUCCAAAAUAGAAAACGAUUUAGCAGCUGGAAAAGUAGAGCCAAACGAUGUAGAAAGGAUGAUUAGUGAGGUUAGCAAAGUCCUGACUGCUUCUCAGCCAUUACCACCUCGAAUUUCUAACAGAAUUAUAAAACUGGUGGAUUAUAUUGGCUUAAAAUUGAACUUUUCAGCAGUGUCUGCUGAUUUUUCUUCUCCUUCCUUGGCUCUGGCAGUUGUCAAAACCAACAGCAUCCGCUCCAACCAAAUGUCUUUUGCUGUCCAGGACUCAGCUGAUCUCCAGAUAUCUCUAGGCAUUAAUUCAAUUAAUGACUUAAGUAAUCUUGGAUCAAUUACGCUUCCUUCAUCAUUGCUGACCAGUUUACCUCCUGAAGAGUUGGACUUGGCUUCUAGAAUUAUAUUCAACUUCUUUAAGAAGACCACCGUGUUCCAGGAUCUGUCCUUGAAGAAUGCAUCUUUAAUCAGCAAUGUUAUAUCAUCAAGUGUUUCUAACCUCACAAUUAGCAACUUAAAGGCAAAUGUUACUGUCACUUUACAGAAUAUCAAACCUAAUCAGGAUAAUUCAACAGUUAGAUGUGUUUUUUGGGACUUCAAUAAAAAUGGUGGACAUGGAGGCUGGUCACAUGAAGGAUGCAUAGUUAAAGAAAGUAGAGUUAACGAAACAGUCUGUUCAUGCAACCACCUCACAAGCUUUGCCGUUUUGAUGAACUUGUAUGGAAAUACUGCUCUGAAUCCCACACAAGAAUUGGUGCUGACUUUUAUAUCCUAUAUAGGCUGUGGCCUCUCUGCAAUUUUUCUUUCUGUUACUCUUGUGACCUACAUAGCCUUUGAGAAAAUCCGGAGAGACUACCCAUCCAAAAUCCUUAUUCAGCUGUGUGCUGCGUUACUUCUGCUCAACUUAGUUUUCCUCCUUGACUCAUGGAUUGCACUGUAUGAUACACGAGGCCUGUGCAUUGCAGUUGCAGUAUUUCUUCACUAUUUCCUCUUGGUUUCCUUCACCUGGAUGGGCCUAGAAGCUUUCCACAUGUAUCUGGCCCUUGUGAAAGUCUUUAAUACCUAUGUGCGGAAAUACAUUCUUAAAUUUUGCAUUGUUGGUUGGGGGUUACCAGCAGUAGUUGUGUCCAUUGUGUUGGCAGUGUCACCAGAUAAUUAUGGACUUAUAACCACUGGAAGGGUUUCAAUAAACAGACCUGAUGAAUUCUGCUGGAUUAAAAACAGAAUUGUCUUCUAUAUUACUGCUGUGGGAUACUUUUGCCUGAUAUUUCUGAUCAAUAUCAGCAUGUUCAUUGUUGUGCUGAUCCAGCUGUGUCGUAUCAAAAAGAAAAAACAACUUGGUGCUCAAAGAAAAACCAGUAUUCAAGACCUUAGGAGUGUUGCUGGCCUCACAUUCUUGCUGGGAAUUACUUGGGGUUUUGCUUUCUUCACUGUAAAUGAGGUAUUUACUUACCUCUUUACCAUUUUCAACACUUUGCAAGGGUUCUUCAUUUUUAUCUUCUAUUGUGUAACAAAGGAGAAUGUCCGUAAACAGUGGAGAAGAUAUCUCUGUUGUGGGAAAUUUAGGCUGGCUGAAAACUCUGACUGGAGUAGAACUGCCACUAAUGGUUUAAAGAAGCAGACUGUAAAUCAAGGAGUAUCCAGUUCUUCCAAUUCCUUACAAUCAAACAGUAACUCCACUAACUCUACAACACUGCUCAUGAAUAAUGAUUACUCAGUGCACAUGAAUGGAAAUGGCCAUCUUUCCAGUGAGAAGAAUGGCGUUUCUUUCAGUGUACAGAAUGGUGACGUGUGUCUCCAUGACUUUUCAGGCAAACAACUUGUAUUUCAAGAAAAGGAUGAUACAGGCAGCCAAAAAAGCCGUAUCUCGCUCAGAAGGACUUCAAAGAGGGGAAGCCUAACUUUUAUUGAGAAAAUGUGAUUUCCUUUUAAACAGCACAUUGUUUUACAGUGUGAAGUAGAGAUUUACUUUAACAGUUUUACAUAAUGUGAGCAGACCAAGAACUGAUUUUAUUUAAUAUAUGGUACUGGAACUUCAAGGCAGCCAUGCAAUGGAUUGACAAGGACAAUUAUUAACCAAAAAAAAACCACACCAAAAACCAAACAAAAACCAACCAAAAAACCAAAGGGACUAGCUACUAUUUUGACAACGUAUCUUGGAUGUCAAAUUACAGCUGGCACAUUUCCAUUCUGAUUCUUCAUUGGAAGUUUUCUGAGUUUUUUAACAUGUAAAGGAAAGUUUUGUUUAGAUUUUUUUUCAUUACAACUAAUUUUAGCUGGAUGUAACGCGUAGUAGUAUUGUAUAAAUGUAGGAAGUUACAAUUUGUGAGUACAAUGUUAUCUUUAAAAAUGUUACACUGUCUUCAACUUUUUGUACGCUGUAGUAUCAAACUCUAUAGUGAUGUAAAUAAGCAGAAAAAUAACAACUUUUAAGCAUCUUAAUGAUACUUUUAUAUUUAUUUCUUGUAACAUAAAUUUAAAUAUUCCUAUGUAUAGAAAAAUAGUUGUUAUUUUGUUUUAACUUCUAUUGUAAGUUUGCAUUUGUCUUUAAUGGAAAUAAUUAACUUCAACACAGAAUGAUACAGAAGUUACUUUGUUCAAUAAGUGAAAUCACUUAUGGUGGUUUAAAUAUAUUCACUAGAUACAGAACUGUAAAUACAAACACUAUCCAUCUUGAACCUUCAGUGACAGAGCUCUUAGUACGCCACAGAAGGAUAGAAACUGGGUGUCAUCAAAGUUGAGUGCCAUGAAUGAGGGAGUGAAAAAUAAUGUAGUCAGUAGGUUACUAAAUACAGCUAAGUUACAUUAGUGGCUUGAGUAGGUCAAUGGGAGCUUUUGCCAUUGAUUUCAGCAGGGUCGAUAUUUUAUCUUGAGUGGUGGUUCCAGAGAUUAAACACACCACCAUUUCUCAUUUGCAAUGAUAAAGAAAAGUAGAGAAGUGUUACUUUUUGAAGAAAAAAAUACAGAGAAUAAAUGCUAGCUGCUAUAUUUAGUAGCUGAGAAAUUGUCUGUUUCAUUUUGUGGCUGUUUUUUAAGGGGCAGCUCCUGAGCUAUUCUAAUGAGUUUCUCUGCUUGUACUUUGGCCCUUGGUUGGCAAGCCAAACCCUGAGGGCCUAGCUCAGUAAUUUCUGAAGCAAAAUUUCAUUCACUUUGUGAUAUUUUUCUGAAAAAGCUGGAUUUUGGCUCUUCAUGCACAACAGCUGAAAGAAAAUAGUGCCCAUACAACAUUGUGAAAAUUCUUCAUGAACAGAAGUUAGCAUGAGCCCUCGUUGUGCCUCUUCACAGAUGUGUGCAACUGUGGCCAUUGCUUUUUUCUCCUUGUGUUCUUGGGCAAAGGUUGGAUGCUUCUGGUGCAAGAGCUAGAACAAACUGGUGCCACGCUGCUGAGUGCCAGACCCUGUAAAGGGGAUUUUUGAGGCAGAUGCUCGCUGGAGGGAAGCAAGGGGUUUGCUUUUCCGGAGCACUCGGUAGGGAGCCCCGGAAACACACUUCUCAACAAAAAGCAUCCGUUAAAUGCCUUCUAUCUGGGGCUCUCUUGUAGUUCAGCAAUUGAACUUCUUCAGUACUUAGACCCUCUUGUGGUUCUAUAUGCAACGCAUGGGUUCUUUUGGUCACCUAUGUCCAAGACUACUCUGAAUAUGCUUUUAAAGUGAGAACUUCAAGUAUUUGUUGUGUUUAUCCACAAGGUUUUAACUGCAUGUUAAUAAAAGACGGUACUGGAAUGCUAGUAGCUGGAAUGCAUUUCUGUGAAUGCUUUAACUAUUUGGCUGAUUGCCUUUGCACUGUUUCUUGUAAAUUUAUUUAAUGUUCUUGUAUUUAUAUUUUCAACUGUAAAAAAAAGUAAUAAAUUUACAGCAAGUACAACUCA